AGAGAGGGAGGGGGGAAGAGCAGGAGAGGCGGAGGGCGAAAGGAAAGGAAAGGAAGGAAGAAGCCGGUUAACGACGUCACAAGCGCCGUCGCGCGGAGCCCUUCGCUGUCGUCCGGAGAAGGAAGGGAGCGGAGAAGGAGGCGGCGGCGGCGGCGAGGCCUGAGCCGCAGGAGGGGCGGUGGAGGAGGAGGAGGAGGAGGAGGGAGAAGAUGGCGGACGAUCCCAGCGCUGCCGACAGGAACGUGGAGAUCUGGAAGAUCAAGAAGCUCAUCAAGAGCCUCGAGGCCGCGCGCGGCAAUGGCACCAGCAUGAUAUCAUUGAUCAUUCCCCCCAAAGAUCAGAUUUCACGAGUGGCAAAAAUGCUAGCUGAUGAGUUUGGCACAGCAUCAAAUAUUAAAUCUCGAGUAAAUCGUCUUUCAGUCCUUGGCGCCAUUACAUCUGUACAGCAACGACUAAAACUUUAUAACAAAGUACCUCCAAAUGGUCUGGUUGUUUACUGUGGAACAAUUGUGACAGAGGAAGGAAAAGAGAAGAAAGUCAACAUUGAUUUUGAACCCUUCAAACCAAUAAAUACAUCAUUGUAUUUGUGUGAUAAUAAGUUCCAUACAGAGGCCCUUACAGCACUACUGUCAGAUGACAGCAAAUUUGGUUUCAUUGUAAUAGAUGGUAGUGGUGCACUCUUUGGAACUCUUCAAGGAAACACCAGAGAGGUGCUGCACAAAUUCACUGUGGAUCUCCCGAAGAAACAUGGAAGAGGAGGUCAGUCAGCUUUACGUUUUGCCCGUUUGAGAAUGGAGAAGCGGCACAACUAUGUAAGAAAAGUAGCGGAAACGGCUGUACAGCUGUUCAUUUCUGGUGACAAGGUGAACGUGGCUGGUCUAGUGUUAGCCGGGUCAGCUGACUUCAAAACUGAAUUAAGUCAGUCAGAUAUGUUUGAUCAGCGAUUGCAGUCCAAAGUACUAAAGUUAGUUGACAUCUCAUAUGGUGGCGAAAAUGGAUUCAAUCAAGCAAUUGAAUUAUCCACUGAGGUCCUGUCUAAUGUGAAAUUCAUUCAAGAAAAGAAACUAAUAGGCCGAUACUUUGAUGAAAUCAGCCAGGACACAGGGAAGUAUUGUUUUGGUGUUGAAGACACUCUAAAAGCCUUAGAAAUGGGAGCAGUAGAGAUUCUGAUAGUUUAUGAGAACCUGGAUAUAAUGAGAUAUGUUCUCCAUUGCCAAGGCACAGAAGAGGAGAAGAUUCUCUAUUUGACACCAGAACAAGAAAAAGAUAAAUCCCACUUCACAGAUAAAGAGGUAUUUCUAAAAAUCCACUCCUUUUUCUUAUGUUACCUACGAAGCAAUCAAGAUGAUGAGGAACAAAUCACUGUUCAGUUAAUCUGCCUCUCGGUUUCCUUGUGGAGAGAAAAUGGGCCAAUGCAUACUGGACAAGAACAUGAGCUGAUAGAAAGCAUGCCUCUGCUUGAGUGGUUUGCUAACAACUACAAGAAAUUUGGAGCCACGUUGGAAAUUGUGACAGACAAGUCACAGGAAGGAUCUCAGUUUGUGAAAGGAUUUGGAGGAAUCGGAGGUAUCUUGCGGUACCGAGUGGACUUCCAGGGAAUGGAAUACCAAGGAGGAGAUGAUGAAUUUUUUGACCUUGAUGACUACUAGGUAGUCGACCUGGGUCUGGCAAAAUGUGCCUCACCCCUCCAGCAUCCAACCCAAGGAGUAAACUCACAGUGGAAAACAAAAACAGAUCCCUGCCUUAGAAUUGGAGUAUUUCCAGAACUUUAUCCAGAACACCGGGUUUAAAAAAAGAAAGAAGCAAACCCUACUGAUUUGUCAUAGUGUCAGUACAGCAGCAAUCUACUAAGUUUCUAUAAUGCCAUUUUGGACUAAUUUAAAAAAAAAUCCCAGUUUUUACUUUUACUUAAUGGUGAAAUUGGUUGCUCUUGUAUUUUAUGGAAAUGAUUUUUUUAACCUUCAUGCUACAUUAACUGCUGUCAACCUUCACUUGAAAAAAAUUAAUAGAAAGAUUAUACCGGUUUGUUUCUUAUUUUGAUUGGAAGCAAUUUAUUGCUGCGUUUUGCAGUGACAUGACCCAUUUACAUGGCGUUCUUGGCUUAGACUUCAGGAGAAGAACCUUCGGGAGAUGUUACUCCCAUUGUUCUCAGACUACAGUGGUGGAAGUAAAAGGAAUGGAACCCUAUGGCAUGCCUGCUUGAAAGGUGUGGCAUACACAUUCAGGCAGUCUGAGAAGCCCACCCAUUUUGUUCUUAGACUGCAAAAGUGUUGCUUGUAUAAAUCAGGAAGUAUGUUUCAUGAAUGGCAAUUGAAAUGCCAGAGUCUUGGCAAACUUGAUUAGGAUUAUGAAUUGUGUGGCCUUCACUCAUCCCUCUUGUCAGUCGAUAAUAAUAAACAGUUUCCACAAGCAAGCUAAUGCUACUUAUGCUUGGUUCUGUUCUUUACUAGGGACUGGGAGUUUUUUAGUUUUGCUUUGGGACUACAUAAGCUGCCUUGGUGGGUCAUCGUCAAAUUUUGCUUUAAAUGCAGAUAGCUAGCAAAAAUGUGACUGACAUAAGCCUUGGCAUUGGUGGCUGUGAAGCUUCUGUAGGCAUUAGUAAAGGUUUUUUAGAAGCUUGGUGCCAAAGGUUCACAUUAAACACUGUGGCAUCACUCAUGCAAAGCAUAUAGCACACCUUCCCUGCUUUCCCCUGGAACUGGCUGAUUUCUAAAGGAUACUCUGAUAUUUUAGUGCCUAGCUCUGUUCAUUUUCCAUUUGUCAUUCUUGUACUGGUCAGAUGCUCCCCAACUUGCAAAUUCUGCAUAUCGUUCCAGUAAUCCUGUCUCACUUGAAUUGAAGGGAAAGUUUGUCUUAAUUAAGCCUUCUCAUCACAGUGUAUACUUAAGAGGUCCAAAAUGACUUUCUGUCUAUGUGAGCAAUAGAAUUUGUAUCUUUUUAUAACUCAGCAAGCAGGCAGUUUAUGAUUGUCCACAAGAUGUGUCCACGUUGGGUGGAAACUCUUACAGAAGCCCUUUGUGAGUCUGAGUAUGCAAUUUGAUUUGCAGAACGCCUGAUCACAAGCAUCUGUGUGCUCUUCAAAGCAGUACACUUUGAUUUUGCCAUUGUAAAUGGGUCUGCUAUGACAUGACGAGCAGAAAAAUUGGGUGUAAAUUUACAUUUUUGAAUAUACUGCUUGUUUCACAUUUAGGGUAUGCAGCUCCUUUUUUGUAGUUUUAUUUUUACUAUUUAAGUUUGGAAAUGAUGCCAAAUUUUUGUAUCUCUUUAAUCAAUGUGUUAUCUCUGGUGAUAUAUAUUGCAUUAUAUAUUGAUGUAUAUAUCAAUAUAUACUGAUAUGUAUUACACUUACGCAGACACAUUAAAAGGGUGAGAAUCCUGGCCUUUUGCAUACUACAUAGCCUCUUCAGAGAGCUCCCAAGCAGUGAUAUCUUGGUGUUGUGAUGUACAGAAAUGGAGAAGAGUAUUAAACCAUAUUUAAGAAUA